AUGGACUACCUUUCACUUCUUCUACUAAUCACCAUAGUAUGGUUGAGCAUUCGUGUACUCAUCUCAAGCUUCAAACCAAUCAGAUCCUCAAAAUACCCUCCAGGGCCUCACCCUUUUCCUAUCAUAGGAAACAUCUUGAAGCUUGGCAACCAGCCUCAUCAAUCACUUGCCAAGCUUUCUCAAAUUUAUGGUCCUAUAAUGAGUCUCAAGCUUGGUGUCACUACCACCAUAGUCAUUUCCUCUCCACGUGUUGCCAAAGAAGUACUGCAAAAAAAGGAUCUAAUAUUUGCUAACAGGGCAAUCCCAAAUACUGUCCGAGCACUUGAUCAUCACAUACUUUCAAUGGUGUGGAUGCCACCUGUAGCACAGUGGAGGAUCCUUAGGAGAGCUUGUGCUACCAAAGUGUUCUCUUCUCAGCUACUUGAUUCCACACAAGUUUUUCGUCAGAGAAAGGUGCAAGAAUUGAUGGAUUAUGUCAAGGAAAGAUGUAAUAGAGGUGAAGCUUUGGAUAUUGGUGAGGCUUCCUUUACAACUGUGCUUAAUUCCAUAUCAAACACUUUCUUCUCAAUGGAUUUGGCUCAUUACACUUCUGACAAGUCUCAAGAGUUCAGGGACAUCAUUUGGGGCAUCAUGGAAGAAGCUGGAAGGCCUAAUGUUGUGGACUUUUUUCCCAUCUUUCGUCUGCUUGAUCCACAAGGUGCACGGAGAAGGAUGAAAGGUUAUUUUGGAAAGUUAAUUGCGUUUUUCGAUGGUCUCAUAGAAGAAAGACUGCGUUUAAGGGCAUUAGAGAACGAAUCCAAUGCAUGCAAUGAUGUUUUAGAUUCUAUGAUGGAACUUAUGCUCGAAGACAAUUCACAAGUCACUCGCCCUCAUGUUCUGCAUUUGUUUCUGGAUUUAUUUGUGGCUGGAAUAGACACAACAUCAAGCUCGAUAGAAUGGGCGAUGUCUGAGUUGUUACGUAAUCCAGAAAAACUAGAAAAAGUUAGAAAAGAGCUUCAACAAGUCCUUGUCAAAGGCGAACAACUAGAGGAAUCGCAUAUCUCAAAGCUUCCUUUCCUACAAGCAGUGGUGAAGGAAACUUUCCGCUUGCACCCACCUGUCCCAUUGUUAGUGCCACACAAGUCAGAAGUCGAUAUUGAACUAUGUGACUUCAUGGUACCUAAAAGUGCCCAAAUUCUGGUUAAUCUGUGGGCCAUGGGAAGGGAUUCAAGUAUUUGGCCAAACCCAAAUGAAUUUACACCCCAAAGAUUCUUGGAAAGUGACAUUGAUUUUAAAGGCCAUGAUUUCGAAUUAAUACCCUUUGGAGCAGGAAGAAGGAUCUGUCCUGGGUUGCCAUUGGCUUCUAGAACUACGCAUAUUGUAUUGGCCUCUCUUCUGUAUAACUAUGAUUGGAAUCUCGAAGAUGGAAAAAAAGCACAAGAUAUGGAUAUAUCAGAGAAAUAUGGGAUUACCUUGCGUAAGGCACAACCUCUCGUAGUAAUUCCCAUCCAAGCGUAA